AUUUCUCGAAGCCAAGAAGGACCUGGAGAGAUGGGAAAGGCUGUGCUCAUUCCGAAGGAUGACCAGGAGAAGAUGAAAGAGCUGUUCAAAAUCAACCAGUUUAACCUUAUGGCCAGCGACCUGAUUGCCCUGAACCGAAGCUUGCCCGACGUGAGAUUAGACGGGUGCAAGACAAAAGUCUACCCAGACAGACUGCCCAACACAAGCGUAGUCAUUGUGUUUCACAACGAAGCCUGGAGUACUCUACUUCGGACCGUGUACAGCGUUAUCAAUCGCUCGCCGCACCGCCUGCUUUCGGAAAUCAUCCUGGUGGACGACGCCAGCGAGAGGGAGUUUUUGAAGGCAUCGUUAGAGAAUUAUGUGAAAAAUCUGGAAGUCUCCAUAAAAAUCAUUCGGAUGGAGCAGAGGUCAGGACUGAUCCGCGCGCGGCUCCGAGGGGCAGCAGCCUCUCGCGGGCAGGUGAUAACCUUCCUGGACGCGCACUGCGAGUACUCCCCCGGGGUGGGGCGGGAGCCACUGCUGGCCAGGAUAAAGGAGGACAGGAAAACUGUUGUCUGCCCGAUCAUUGAUGUGAUCAGCGAUGACACAUUUGAGUACAUGGCUGGAUCUGAUAUGACGUACGGAGGGUUUAACUGGAAACUGAACUUUCGCUGGUAUCCGGUUCCCCAGAGAGAGAUGGACAGGAGGAAAGGAGACAGGACCUUGCCUAGUAAAUGCUGCAAUUUCCACUGUCAGUGGAGCGACGUUCUGAACUUCGUAAACGAUGAGACCUUGUCAAAACGUGUUCUGGCGAGUGCAAAGCCCGUUUCUGUGGCCAGAGGGCUCUCUGGCAGCAAAACCCGGCUGCUUGCCCUGUGCAGAGGUGGAGCUUCGCGCUAA